CGUCGAGCCUGUUUACCAAACUCUUCCUAAAUUAGUUACAAUGCCCGACUAUUUCGUGUCCUCAGCAGAGGCAGAGAAUAAGCGCUUAGAGCAGGCGUCUGCCGUGGUACGAGCUUAUAUGAAUGGGAAUGUCUUCCUUGCCCCUAUCGACACGGCGCGCAAAAACCUUAAAGUGCUCGAUAGUGCUACGAAUGACGGGUUCUGGUUGUCGCAGUUCCAAGCUUCGCUCAAAGACCCAAACUCAGCUACACUAAUCGGGACUGACCUUCAGGAUCGUUUUCCAAACCCACCGCGACCAGGGAUCAACCUGCAGAUCCAGGACAUCAACGAGCCAUGGCCAGAGUCGUGGAAGUCAAGAUUUGACUACGUACAUCAAACUCUAGUGCUGUUCCAGGCGGGCCCGAAGCAGCGUGAGGCCAUUAACUCCCUCGGAGAGCUCGUGAAGCCCGGUGGUUGGAUUGAGCUUAUGGAACCUCAGUAUGAAGCAACUAAUGAUAACAAUGGGCCGGCCUAUAAGCAGUUCCUUGAUAUGCUGAGCGAGUUGUGGGCUAUGAGGGGCACGAAGAGCGGGUUUGCCGCUGACUUAGAGGGUAUAGUCAAAGACGCCGGCUUUGUGGACGUCAAAAGCCUGCUAUUGCCUAUUGGCGUAGGUCCCAAGCAUAAAGACCCAGGAUUAGCCGAUGUCAGCGUCGAGAGUACCGUGGGUGGUGGCAAGAAUAUUACUAUAGCUGGGAAAUUUAUUCCAGGAGGACUCAAAUCUAUUUCUGCAGAUGAUUUCGAGACCUGGCCAGCACGCUUUGAAGAGGAAUUGAAGACUAAAGGAGCCUAUUUGCCCCUAAGAGUAGUGUAUGGCAGAAAGCCUGAAAUCUAACUAGAUCUAGAAACGUAAGGGUUCCAAUACAGGCAUUAACGAGCUACUGGACAUGCUUCCCUGG